AUGUCGUGUGAGGUCAGGAGUUGGCUUCCGAGCGCUGUGGCGGCGACACUGUGCACGGAUCGCUCCGCACAGCCGAUAAUCGACUGGCUUUCCGCAAUACGCGCUUCUAUAGAAGAAUACGAUCCUUUAAUAACAGUGUGCCCGCCUCCUUCAGCGGUUGAGGACCCUGGCGAAGCAUCUGAAAGUGCCUUCGAUGAAAUCCUCUCCCAACUCGGAAAGGAGAUAUUCAAACUCGAUGAGUAUCAAAGAAAUCUCGUCCCGGCGGAGAAGGAAGUGUCUCUGAGCAUCCUCAACAUCUUCGACGAGUGCCUACAAGGAAUGGAUACGAAGCAAUGCAAAAUGGAAACAGUGCCAACGGAUUGUAUUAUUAAUGGUGUUGAGUGCAGUGACGGUGAAUCGAGCCUGUCUGACGUCUCUUUCGUGACAAGCACACCUGCUAAAAGUGAGAAAGUGAUGGAAAGUGACGUUAAGCGUAGUGUACCGAUACCGAUGCCUAGGACUAAGUUACGAGCGAACGAAACGAUCCAGUCAGCUCCUAGUGCUCCUAACCGCUUCGACUCAGACAGCGACUCGGAGAGCACGUGCUGGAGCUACAAGGAGUGUAACCCUGUUGUUGAACCGGCGAAGCGAGCGUACGCCGUGGUGUGGUCGCACUCGAGUGGCUUCCACAACUCGGACGAGAUCCUCCGCCAGGUAUUGUCGCAGCACCACGCGACUGUGUCACGAAUAACGUUCGACACGGCGAGCGACUUUACACCGGCGCAGUACUCAGUUUACGCGCUUCAAGAGGUGGGAGACAGGUGCGACAGGCGCUCAGUUGCCGCGAUGACGCCGGACAAGCCGGAUGACGGGUACGAGCCGGUCCGCGACGCUUUAACCACCGACGAGAACAUUUACGAGGAGAUCGAGUACGGUUACAGUUAUACGGACGAGGGUUGCUCUUGUGGGGGUAGUGUGGAGGUCGAGAGUUGCUCGAUCAGUGCAAGCUCGGAGGGCGUCGGCCGGGAGAGCCCUCUCUACGCGAACCUGAGGGACCACGAUGCCUAUGCGAUACCGCCAGAUGUUAUCUACUGGAAGAAUUUGCUUUUUGACCCAUUUUACAAUGAGGAUGAGGAAGACGAGUGGAUCACUCCAGAGGAAUGUGCGGUGUACAGCCGCGAGCGAAGGCCGCCCCUCGUCAUCCCGCGUAUUACGCAAUACCGCGCACCAAGGCGCGAUACCAGACAGCAGAACUAUGGUGCUCAUGCGUAUGAGGAAUCCGCGAAAGAAUGGAGUCCAGCGUCCGAUCGGAGCAGUCAUCUGGACCGAGGGUACGGGAAGGUCACGUCGGAGAGCCCGCCCUUCGUGAGAAUCAACAAGAAAUUGGGUGGUUCAACGGAAAACCUAAUAGUUGCGAACCUACGCCCCAACCACCUGCACCUACCUCCCUCUUCGUCAGGGGACAGCCUCGACAUCGAGGUUAGAGAGAGGGAGCCCAGUUAUGCAAGAAACAGGAAGUCCAGGUCGAUGGUGGCUCACAAACGCUCCCCAGUGCCAGCACCGAGAAGAGUGCUGCCUCCGCCAGAGGCAUACGACCGUUCGACAGUCGAAGGUCCAGUGCAGUCGGCGAGUUCAGUGGUGGAUGAGCGGCUGGUGAAGCGGACGAAGUAUUCAGAGAGCGGUAAAAAGAGCAAGAAGAACUGGAUCGAGUGCUACAUGAUACUAACACACACGGCGCUCUACUUUUAUAAGGAUCAAAGGACUUAUCAGGCGACCAAAAUCCGCAAGGCCGGCACCCCGCCCAGUCCGACCGCACCACGCGCCGAACUAAUCCUGCCUCUGCGGAACGCUCACGUACUGCCCUGCAUACAGACUCACACCAGAAGGUACGCGCGCUCCUUCAUGCUCACGGUGGGCUACGACACGUAUCUGCUGCAAGAUGAGACUGAGGAGAAAGCGAAAACCCUGCUGAAAAUUAUUCAGAGUAUCAUAUACAAGCUGGGUCCUCCAACAUUGGACGAGUACCCGCUCCAGCAUUACCAGAGCAGCAACACGGACCUGGAGAGCCUCGGCCGCACGCCGCCCGUGUCGCGACACGCCAACAGGACCAAGAACAAAGCUGGGGGCAGUAGCAACGAGGAUCUCAGUGACUCCACUGAGGUUUCGACACAGAAAUCUCAAGUGACGAAAGUUCUAAGAAAAUUCUUCCCGAAGCGGCCGACAAUGGAAGAUCUCGUCAAGAAAGGAAUUUAUAAAGAUGAACCAGUAUUCGGCCGCAAGCUCGAGGAAGUGUGCACGGAGACAAGCCCCCGCAUACCGGACUUCGUACGCGCCUGCGUGAAGGAGAUCGAGAGCAGCGAGGAGAAUAUGUGCACGGACGGACUUUACAGAGCCAGUGGGAACCUCAGCCAAGUGCAAAAGAUCAGAUUAGAGAUUGACCAGAAGAACCAGUCGGUCAUCGCCAACAACACAGACAUCCACGUGCUGACGGGUGCGCUCAAACUGUUCUUCCGGGAGCUAAAGGAGCCGCUCAUACCUUGCACCAUGUUCGACAGGAUCCUCUCUGCUUGUUCUAUAAAACCAAGAGAAGCGAGGAUAAAGGAAUUCAGGGACAUCGUCCAGUGUCUACCCGAAUGCAACAGAGAUACGCUUAAAUUUUUACUGGAACAUCUUCUUAGGGUAACACAAUAUAGCGAGCGUAACAGAAUGCACACAGCGAACCUGGCCAUUGUGUUUGGUCCCACACUACUGUGGGCCCCCGCGGAACAGGCUCACAACAUUGCCAUCGACUGCAUCCAGCAAAACAAUGUCGUUGACAUACUCCUCAACGACUACCAUGAGAUCUUCGACAGCAAGAAGAAAGCGUGA